AUGUCGCGCUACUCUCACUUCGGUACAACAACACGCACGCCUCGAACUCGACGAGAGUGUGCAAGUGACGAACUACACACGCGUGUGCGCCUAUCGAUGGAUGUCCCUGCCGACGUGCGAGAAUGGGCCGUACAUACUUUACGUGCGCUUCAAAGCGGAAUCCAUGCACGGCUCAUAGGCAAGAUGUUUGCUGACGAUAUACCCUCUCCGGCGCCCUCGGACCUUGAUGACACUCGCGAUGUGUUCAUGCACCUUGGCGUGCUUCUCACUGAGUGCAACGAUCUCUUAGACUUUGAGCGAGCUGAGUCUAUCACAAAGAGAGGAGAUGAGCUAUGCUCAAGUGCUCGCGAUGAAAACAGUGCAUUCAACUAUGCUUUGGCUACACAAGCAGUGCACUCGCUCCAAGCGGAACUUCAUGCACUUCGUGGCGAGACGGAUCCUGAUGCGACAUUUGUUGAUUCGCAUGUUCCAUGGCAAAGCUCAUCAGAUUGGCGCGGUUUGGCUCAAGAUACCAUACAAAGCAUGAAUGAGCGACAUGCCAGUGAGCUUGCGCACAUUUACGAACAGCAUGCUGAUGAAUUAGAGGCACUCCGCAAUGAGCAUGCCACAGAUCUGGAACACGUUUCUGCACAGCAUGCGUCUGAUAUACGCACAAUGGAGAAUGGAUAUAUCAAAACAAUCGAGCAUGCUGCACAAGACCGUGCUGGAGAAGCGGAACGACACAAGCUCGAGUGUUUAGAACGAGAAACACAGUAUUCGGCGGAGCUCAAACAAAGGCAACAGUCAUGGGACGAGCGUGAGGCAUCGCUCACAGCCAAGCUAGAAGAAAUGCAUCGGACAUGGGAUAAGAGGGAAGCUGAACACAAGACUGAGCUGGAACACGUGCAACACAUGUGGCACGAGCGAGACGUACAGCGCGCUACAGACUUCGAACAGAUACAACGCACGUGGGAAGUUGCAAGCGAGACCCUGGGAUUUGCAUUGGAUUCGCUACAGCACGCUGUUGCUUCACAGGGAAGCCAGCUUGCACCGCUCCAUGGUCGAAUCCAGUCACUCAAUCGGCUACUAGACACAUUCGCCCAGGAGCGAGACGCCGCAAAUGCUGAAGCAUUGGCAUGGUCUGAGAGACAUGCCGAAGCACAGGCUCAUAUCGCUGCGCUGCAGGUCGAGAUCACUAGUAAAAACACAGAUCUGGUACAACAAACAAGCCGACUUGUCGAGACGGAACGCAAGCUGAAAGAAGUGCAGAAUGAAAUCGAGUGCUCAGCUCAUGUGCAAGCAAAUAUCGACGAGCUUCAGGAACGCCUCUCAGCGGCUGAUCAUGAUGCAUGGCAACUUCGUGAACAACUUCGAUCACUCGAGCCACUAAGAACAGAGCGUGCACAGCUUUCCAGUGAAGUACAUGAGCUGCAGAAGCUUGUCUCUAUGUAUAAGGACAGCGUUGCCCAUGCGCAGCAUGAACAUGAACAGACACAGCAGCAACUCGAACGGACCGAGACACAGCGAUUUGCGAUUGAACAGGCACUACGUGAGCGGGAAAUGGAGCUGCGCGACUUGUAUGAGGCGAAGCGCAUCUGGACAGAGCAGCGACGAGCCUUCAAGGCGCGUCCGUCUGUAUCAAAUGAGGCUACACAGCGUGUUGCGGAGCUGGAGAUUGAGCUGAGCGCUAAGGCGACAGAAGUCGAAGAGGCCGAUACCCGACUACUAACGGUCAUGAAAGAAAACAAGCGCCUCGCCGCACAGCUCAAGUCUCUAAAGAUGGAUGCAAAACGGGCUCUACAAGAUGUCACGAAUGCUACAUCAAAGACAUAUUCACCAACGAAAGCUGAUGCAAGAGUCGCCCGAUACAGACCAGUAUCGUAA